AUGCCCAGGUACGUGUGUUUCUCUUCCCUGGCAGAGUCGGGAGACGGCAGGGACGUACUUACCGAGGGCCACCACGAAUUCAACUUCACCUUCCUUCUCCCAUCAACCGGUGUGACCACCUCGUUCGAAGGCAAGUACGGCAGCAUCCGCUACUGGCUCAAGGCGGAGGUGGAGAAGCCGUGGUCCUUUAACCACAAGACCAAGAAAGCCUUCACAGUCAUCAGCCCCAUCGACAUCAACCGCAAUGAAUAUCUGACUGCAGUGGAGAGCAGUGUGGAGAAGACGCUAUGCUGCUGGUGCUGCACUUCAGGGCCAAUCUCACUGUAUGCCAGGACAGACCGCAAGGGAUACUGUCCUGGUGAAUCUAUUGCCAUUACGGCCGACUUCGAGAACCUGUCAGGGCGCACAGUGGUUCCACAUGCAACGCUGCACCAGACACAGACCUUCCUGGCUGGCGGAAAGUCCCGGUCACGGCAUUGCAAGUUCACCACAGUCACUGGCGUGGCCCUGCAACCAGGCCGCUCGGCCAACUGGGACGCCCAGCUGCUCAAGAUUCCUGCGGUGUCGCCCUCCAUCACAAAUUGCUGCCUGAUUCACGUGGAGUAUACUGUACGGAUCACCCUGCAGAUUCCAGGAGCGUACAAUCUCUUUGUGGACCUUCCUAUUGUCAUUGGAACAGUGCCCUUGAGGUCUCGACCUCCACACUAUCGCACACUGGGGCUGCCCAGCCAGCCACAGAUCCAUUUCUACCCGGCUGCUCCUCCGUACUCGGAAGCCGACACUGAUGAUGCCCUGCCUGUUGAACCUCCACCUACCUAUGCCGAAUGCAUAGAAGGCUCAGUAGACAUUGGUGACGAUGAAGAUGGAGAGAUACUUGGAGACACACGGUUUACACCGAUGUACGCCUAUGUACACGACUACCUGUACCAUCCACCUCCAGCUUAUUCUGAGGUUGACCCUCACCCAUCCCGACAAACAGAGGGAGCAUCCUGUGGCUCCCAUUGAGGGUCUGUACAGCGAAACAUGCUUCCAAUGUGGACUGCACGGGACACUGUUGUGAAGUGCCAUGCUUUAAUGACCAAGGUGCAGCAACGAGUCAGACAGCAGUGGAGAGCACAGUGCCUCAAAUCAUCAGCGUUACAUAUACAUGUUAUUGCUGCACAUCCCCAUCGAUCAUCAUCGCCUCUUUUUGCUUCUGCUCUCCAAGCUCGUGGGUCUUUGCUGUGUGUGUAGCAUCAAUGGAAUGCGAGAUGGACAUCACCAAAGAUGCACUACAGCGAGGUGCCACACUUCUGCGGCACUGCCAGUGUUGUCAAGCGCCGAUGUGCCAAGUCGGACCUGAAGUACGACAGCAAGUCCUUGGGCUUAAACUCGGAGGACGACAACCAUAUUUAGUUCGGGGCUCGUCGCUUAUAGCAUGACUUCUAGCAUUUUGUAGGAAGUCUGCUGUGCUGUGACUGUGCCAACAGGGUGCUUGCAUCGAAAGUAGGGCAGCUUAUGAAGAAACAGAUGUCAACCUCCUUUGAAAACGAAACCUGAGGUUACUGUGCAGUGCACCUAUCAAUGAGCAUGCUUUCGUUAGGCAAGGCUGCCGCUCACGAUACAGAAAUGCUACAUGUGCUGUGCUAUGUGGCUUGCACCUUUCGCAAUAAAAAACAGGUGCGCGACUUUCUGCACUGUGCUGACAUGAAUUACCUGCAUUUAUCUUGUUAACAAAGCCUGCUGGCUUGUGUAUAGUGACAAAAGAAAUCAACUUCAGCAAAAAGAGGCUUUGGUACAGUGUAAACUUCACCUUAUGAAGCAUGCUUGGACGAGGUAUAGUGGACCAGACAAUUUUUCUUUCAUCAUUGUUUUCAUUGUACAUGAUCAAUGACUGCAUCGACAAUGAGUGUGUUCAGACUCUGAUGUAAAACUACAGUUUUAGCAAAUGAAGAUUCUCUGCAUGAAUUCACUUAGUUUGAACUGUAUUGGUCAUCCUGGGGCAACGUGUUGUAAUGUUUUUUAUCAUCGGUUGCAUAGAAUGGAUACUGCUGGCAGAAACUGCUCAUUAAAAGCUUAGAAAGCGGAGUGAUAGAGAAAAGAAAUUGUUUCAAGAUGUGGCCCCUUGCUGUAGCACUGGCAACAACGCCUUUAAAAUAUUCACUGACCACAAUUUUCUUAGCUACAAGGUUUCAGGAUUACAUGUUGUAAUGUCUUUCAUAUUGUGAACUAAGUGAACAAGGAUGCUUUCCACAAGAAACCGUGCCCAAGUGUAGCUCUUAUGCCUUGCUUUUCUUUAAGACCUGUGGUACGAGCUUUCAUUAACAUUACUUCACAAAAACUGAUUGUAUAUGCUCUAAUUCAAGAAAUACCAGAUUUCAACAAGCUUUUCUAAUCAACAUGUUCUGCAUAUGUACUAGCCAAGUAAAAGCUUCUAAAACAAGGUGCUCCAUCUAGCAUAGACAAAAUGGGCAAAGUUCAACAAAAUUGCAAUGCACUGGUACUUAAAACCAAAAGUUUAAACUUUCUUUCUUACCUGUAUAAUUUUCAAAUAUGUAGGUACGGUCCAAUAUUAAAAACAGGGCUGCAGAACACUAAUUUGCGUACUGCUAAAAAAUUUAUGCUAUUGCAAAUGUUUUUUAAACAAAAAGAAAAAAGAAGACGACGUAGUAAGACUUCCUGCCCAAUAGAAAUUCUCUAUAGAACUACAAUGCCACAUGCCUUGGUGUGCAUGAAUAUAAUGCUUUUGAGAUGCACCAAUGUCUAAAAAUAAGUGUUUAAAAUCUGUAAACUUUCAUAACUUCCCCUGUUUCUCUCAUGGGAAAGAAAAACUCCACGACUUGUGUGUUGUCAUUUUUUACACCCACAUUUUGAAAUAUCUCAAGUGACAUUAGCUUAGCACAAUCGAAAAACACAACAUUAGUGAAUAAAAGAGAAAAUUCUACUAGUGAGGAAUAUGUUUUUAUUUCUUUGAUGUUUCAACCACCCUGCAUAUUAUGAACUGAAACCAGCAGCACUUUGAAAAACAACUGCUGCAUUGCAAGGCUUGGAAGCAUGCUUGGCAACUUCUCAGAAAUGAUCUAGGUAGAAUGAAUUCGACAUGCUCAUCAGAUAAUGUGUAUACUAGUAAAAAUCGCAUCCAGCAAUAGCUGCACUCUAAUGACCAGUACUACAUAAGCUUUGCGCACGUCAAUGUUAUUGCAAUAGUGUACAGCAUCUUUGUGAACAACCGUCGUACUAAUUCUUUUCUUGUCAUUGUGCGUGUUCUCGUCCCUUUUAAUGUGCCAAUGGUUUCUGCCAAGCGCACUUAUGAAACGGCAAAUGCUCGGUCGCAUUUUUGUUGAGUCCCAGAGUUCUGUGAACUAUGCUACACGUCAGAUUUACUAUCUUGCUGAAAUGGGCAACAUUGUAACCGAAGUAAAACAUGUUUCAGCUGUGCAAUUAGAUGUACCCCCAUGCUUGUUGGUUCUCUGCUGAAGUGUUCCGACUGAGCCUGCUUAUUUAAUAAACAAACAUUGUCACUUUGAAA